CGCAGCCAAGCAUCGCCGAAGUCUCCUCUUGUCCCCCGCUUUGCGUUUUGUUUUCUCCCCCUCCUCGUGCGCCAUGCUCUGCAAUCACCCGGCGAGUUUGGGUAUCCAGCGUCGCGUCGGGAGGGUGUGUGCUGUGGGUUUAAGGAUCGGUUUUCUGUAACUGCCGGCCGGCCGGGUUCAGAGCCCCAGAGGCGCUGGGAAGGAAAGCCUGCGGUCGCCGCGAUAUCAAAUCCGGCGACCCAUCCCACGCUGCAUCCGACGCGCUGGACACGCGUAUGGCACCCACCGACCAAGAAGCUCGUCAUUUGGCGACAACAUCCUCCGGCAAUAACAACCUCGUCCCGCACUUUCCUGCCAUUUCCAAGCAGGAUUUCAACAAGGCUCCCGGCGAGGCUCCGUCUCCCGGUAGUCGGUCUUGCAGUUCGCUCGCCACGACCGUCGUGUCCAGCCCCGCGCCGAGUCCACGACGCCGACAACACUUCCAGGUGCCACAACCCGGCGCCCCAACUUCCGAGCCGGACACCAUGCCGUUCCUCGUGGCCGUGGCCAAAUUUGCUGCCUUUACCGAUGUCUUCCUUACCGGGCUGAUCAUCCCCUUGCUUCCCACCAUCCUCGAGAGCCGGGCCCAUGUUCCCCAGCAUCAAGCCCAGAUAUGGACCUCUGUCCUUGUAGCCGCCCAUGGUGGCGCCGUUGCCGUGAUGUCGCCAUUCAUGCCCCUCCUCACGCGACGGGGUCCGUCAGGCUAUGCAGUGCUUCUUGCCGGCCUCGCCGGCGCAGCUGCUGCCUUUGCCCUCCUGCAGCUCUCCCAUGACCUUGGCCUGUUGAUCUUCGCCCGCGCCCUGCAAGGACUCUCUGCCGCCGCCAUCACCGGCGCCUCAUCCGCCAUCCUCGCCUCGGCAACGAGCAGCAGGCCAUCAUCUUGCGGCCUCGCUUCACUGACGCCAGCCUUCCUCCAGAGCGUGGCUAUGACGACAGCACCCGCCUUGGCUGGAACCUUGCAUGACUACUAUGAUGCAGACGCUGUGUUCUACUGCGCGUAUACCAUCAUUGCGCUCAGUGGUGUGCUGGGCUUGGUAGCGGUGACUGCCACACCAGCUAGGCAUCUCCGUGCCAGCAACGGGCCCGAGCCUCGUUCGCGCUCGGAAGUCCCAGCCGAGCGGAGUGGGUAUGGCACAAUAUCGGCGGGGACAGGAGAGUCCAGUGAGAGCUCUUCUCCAAGGUCAAUCUCCCCGAGGACACGUUUACCCGCUGUCCCCAGCCAACAAGAUCCUGCAACUGCCGUUUUGGGAGCCGUUGCGUUGAGCCCGCGGCUCCUGGUCGGCCUGUACGGAUACCUCGUCCUUGCUUUGCUUACCUCCGCGCUGCAGGGCGUCCUCCCCCUUUUCGUUGAGCGGCGCUUCAACUGGUCGGUCUUGGCCACCGGGUACACGUUCGUCCCGCUUUCGGCACCUGCUGCCUUGAUCGGACCGCUUGCCGGCGCCUUGGCUGUCAGGGUCCCCAAGUCAACCCGUUUUCUGACGACGGUCGGUUUCUUGGCUUGUCUACCCGCGUUCCUACACCUGGGUCAGCUGGGAAAGAACACCAAGCUCAUACAGCACCCGUUCUUUCUGACGCUCGGAGGUCUUUCUCUGGCCACCGGUCUCUGCGGAGAUCCCUUGGCCAAAGAGAUCACCAGCGUCCUGGCUUAUUCUGCGAAUGACUCUUGGAGCGCCACGGCGCUGGCCACUAGCCUUCCGAGCCUCGCGCAUGCAUGGGGCAGCCUGGUCGGACCGCUGCUCGCCGGUGCUGUCAGCUGGCUUUGGGGCUGGCAGACCAUGAACACGACACUGGCCGCCAUUUCCGCUGCCACGGGUGUGGCAUCGCUCUUGUUCUUGCAAGGCUGGAUUGGGAGCCCGAGCCCGGAAAUCCGGGCGCACCGGACCGAGGCUCGCUCUGAUGAGGAGUCGGCACCUCUGUUGACGAACGAUCGCUCAAGCCGUAGUUUGUACGGAUCGAAGGAAGAGUAUGGCGGCGGUAAAGGAGACGAUGGUAAGCAGAGACAGGACUCGGAUGGCGUCUCCCCCCACUCGCGCACCGGUGAGGACCGCAAGAGUCGCACUCAUCGCCGCCAUUUCAGCGUCGACAACUUCUCCGUGGCCACAACAACAACACCAGGCAGCAUAGACUCUUCCGCGUCGUCGGUCCGCUUCCAAGCUGCUCUAGAGACGCCAACACUCGGCGCUUCCACCGGAGUUGUUAAACGGCCGUCGAUGGAUAGCGCCGCCGGCAAGAGCGCCGCCGAGCGGCGGUUCGUCAUGCGCGAGGCGCCGCACGCGCCCGCCACCGACCCGCUGCUCGCUGCCGGCAGCUUGUAUGUCAUCGACGAGGAGCGGGACACGGGGCGCGGCGUCGAGAGCCGGCGGCACAAGCGCCGGGUCGUGGUGUUCGCCGAGGGCUCGGCGCCACCGGAGCUGUUGGCGCGGCACCGCCACCACGUCGUCGCCAUUAACGCGCUGGACGGGACCGCGCAGAUGGUGGCGGAUAGCACGGAGGACCAUGCCGUGCACGUCACGGAAGAGGCCGCCGGGGAUGAGACUGCGUUUUCGGACGCUACGGCCAGGCGGUAUGUUGUUGUUGUUGUGGAGGGCGAAGAUGACGCGGAGAGGUGAAGGACGGAGGGACAUGCUUCGGCUUGUGUGUGAAAAGUAGGAGGAGCGAGCGGCGGCAAUGGUGCUUGCUGAUAAUGAUGGUGCCGACGAUAAUUACGUUAUGUAUUGUGAGAUGUAUGAUGACAGAUGCAGAUCCAUGAGACAUGUCGAAGUCUUGAAUUCAUCGCCCCUGAAUUCCUCGCAUCGAAGAAUAGCCCGCGGCGCAAGCUGUACCGGGUGUGACCAAUGGUCGAGGUCUUAAAGACAAGAUCUCGAACUGUCCAGGUGAGCAGGAGUGGCAAACUUCCUGAAACUCGGCCAGUCCUGGAUGACUCAGGGGCCAUUUCUCACCUCCACUGCUGACGCCAUAACCCA